CAAGUAUCCCACAAAUUCCACUGACCUCCCUUGUUUUCUUUGCCUGGAGUAGGGUUUCCAAUUUCCAAACCUGAUGUGAUCUCGCAGCUGGAACGAGGGGAAGAGCCGUGGGUCCCAGACCUCCAGGACUCUGAGAAAGAAGUGCUCCCGAGAACUGCCUGCAUAGGUGAUGGGAUGGUGAGUGAGAAUGAGGAGGAGAAAUCCUGUCAGGAAGGUGCUGAGCAAGUAAAGCCACAUGGGACGUUAUCAGGAAGAUCCAAAGGGAAUGUUUCCGGGAGUUGUGCACACCAAGAAAAAGAAAAAGCCUGUGAGACUCAGGAGAGGCCAGAGGAAAACUUUAGUAGCAACUCAGACCUUAUUACACGCGACAGAAUCAACUUGGAAGAGACACACUACAUAUGCCAUGAGUGCGGGAAAAGCUUCAAUCGGAGCUCUGCCCUUAUCAGACAUCAGAGAAUCCACACAGGAGAGACGCCCUACACAUGCCCUGAGUGUGGGAAAAGCUUCAGUUGGAGGUCACACCUUAUCACACAUCGUAGAAUCCACACAGGGGAGAAGCCCUACACAUGCUCUGAGUGUGGGAAAUGCUUCAAUCGGAGCUCACACCUUAUCACACAUCAUAGAAUCCACACAGGAGAGACGCCCUACAUGUGCUCUGAGUGUGGGAAAAGUUUCAAUCACAGCUCUACCCUUAUCACACAUCAGCGAAUCCACACAGGAGAGACGCCCUACACAUGCUCAGAGUGUGGGAAAAGCUUCAAACAGAGCUCAAACCUUAUCACACAUAGGAGAAUCCACAUGGGUGAGAAACCUUAUGGAUGCUCUGAGUGUGGGAAAUGCUUCAUUUGUCGUUCAGGCCUCAUCUUACAUCAGAGAAUCCACACAGGAGAGACGCCCUACACAUGCUCCGAGUGUGGGAAAAGCUUCAGUUGCAGCUCACACCUUUUCAGACAUCAGAGAAUCCACACAGGGGAGACACCCUACACAUGCUCUGAGUGCGGGAAAAGCUUCAAUCAAAGCUCAAACCUUAUCACACAUCGUAGAAUUCACACAGGAGAGACACCCUACAGGUGCUCUGAGUGCGGGAAAAGCGUCAGUCACAGCUCUGCCCUGAUCACACAUCAGAGAAUCCACACAGGAGAGACGCCCUACACAUGCUCUGAGUGCAGGAAAAGCUUUAGUCGGAGCUCACACCUUAUCAGACAUCAGAGAAUCCACACAGGGGAGAAGCCCUACACGUGCUCUGAGUGUGGGAAAAGCUUCAAUCGGAGCUCACACCUUAUCACACAUCGUAGAAUCCACACAGGGGAGACACCCUACACGUGCUCUGAGUGUGGAAAAAGCUUCAAUCACAGCUCAAAUCUUAUCUCACAUAGGAGAAUCCACAUGGGAGAGAAACCCUAUACAUGCUCUGAAUGCAGGAAAAGCUUCAAUCAGAGCUCAAGCCUUAUUAGACAUCAGAAAAUCCACAUGAGAGAGAACUGUAAUAAAUCCCUUGACUAGGGCUGGCCAAAUUUUUUUUUUAAAAAAUCACAUUUGCUAAUUCCCACAUAGUGAUUUUUGCACCAUGUCCACCGUGGUCUCUCAGCUCCACCAGAUGAGUUGCCUGCUUCUGCCUUUUGCAGCUCACCCUUCUUUGGGGUCAGUCCUGUGAUCUUUUCUAUCAACUCCUUUCCUUUUGAGUUGAAGGAGUGUGUGUCCCUCCAGCCAAGAAUGUUCAUCAGCUCCAGGUGGGAGAGCGAGGUUUGAUACCAACAAGCUACAUUGGUACAAAAACUACCUGUGCCUUACAUUCAAUAGGACUGUACAUGGCGUUGGCUGCUCAAGUUAGUGAUCUUGGUGUAAAAAGACCAUUAUAGUUGUAGAGCAGAUGCAGCCCAGGUGCAGUGUUUGACAUUAGCUUUCCCCUUGACCUGACCUAAACUCCAUCACUUUUCCUAGUCUAAACAAACCCUGAGCAUCACGGUUAUACUGUUCCCCCAUUUCAAAGCAAUUGAUAGUCAUCAAGUUCCCCCUUCGGGAACAAAUUGUUUCAUUCCCAGUUGUUCUGAUGUUGCUUCAGGUUGUGCUGGAGAGCAGAUAUUUAUACUACCAUUUUCCUCACUUAAAAUAUAUUGAACUAUAACAAAGAGCAGGGAUAGGGGAAAAUGUCAUUUCACCCUCUGUAACAACAGAAGAAGAUCGGGUAAAUCAGAGGGAUUCCCUUAUUCCCCAUCACCAUCCCAAUCCCCCUGUUGUUCAAUUGGUUAGGUCAAUAUUUUUUCUAAAGGACUGGGAAGAGGAUUUCCUAGUAAAUGACUUGUAGCUAAGCAAAAUACCCAUGCAUUUGGCUCUCAAAGCAGUUGUGGCCCAGGCGUUGCAGGAGGUCGCUCCUGAAGAUAUCUCCUUCCUAAUCAGGUGCAUGUUGCCUAUUAUUUGGGAAAUGCAAUCCCUAUCUAGGUAGAGAUGGGAAAAAUGGAAAUGACAUUUCUCUUCAGCUUACCCCUGGGAGAUGCUGCAAAUGUGUAGAAAAUGAAAUCCUGGUUGAAUGUGAUAUAGCUGCAGAAAGAUACCUAUUUUUAAUAGAUACCUGACAUUUGGUGUCUUACAGGGAUUCUAAGCCACACCUGAAUUUAGUUCCUAAAUUAAAUCUGUGCCUAAAGAAAUAAAAGCCUAUAUUUGGGGGAGUUAUACCUCACUAUUGCUACUGAUAUGUUGUGUGGUAGGUGAAGAAUUCUACGCCAGAGAAGUGUAAAAUUACUCCAAGUAAGGUCAAAGAUUUGACAAGAACUCUGGUAGAAAUUGCAUGUACUGGUAGUUGAGUUUCACCCCAGAGAUGGAAGCUAUGGUGACCUGUGGCCAAGGUAAACUAUUUUUAGAACCCUGCUCCCUAGUUAAGUGGCAUUGGUCACACUCCUAAAGGAUGCCAUGAUUAAAUUGGGCACAACUGUCUUUUACCAUUUGGAUCCAAAGUUUCAUGAAGCACAGAGAGAAACAGCUGAUUCCUUCAGAGCCAUUCCAUGCCUAUGGGUCCCAAUCUGGCUGCCUUGUUGGACAAGAAGCACUUCCAUGCUGGGCAAACAAUGGUAGCCAAUGAGGGAAUGUAUCAGAUUCCAUGUUCAGACUGCAGGAUACAUGAAUGCUGAGUCCAGAGUCUGGGCUUUGGUCUCUUUGUUUUGCUUAUUAAGUCUAAUGCAUUUGUAUCACUUCUCCUGCUGCUACUUUGAAAGAUUAGAAAGUGUAAAAAUCAAGAGAAAACUGCCCUAUAGGUUUAUAUUUUGUAAUCUUUGAAUAAGUUGUUACCAGCGACAAUGAAAUUAAACAUGAAGUUAUUUAGUGUAACGGAAGAGGCUGAUCAUGUGAUAACUUUCAGUGUUACAAUAUAAUUCAGGUUUUCUUCUAGUUCUCUCCCUGCCUCCUCCUACUACAUUGGAAAUGGUGGCUAAUCCUGAAAUUAAAACCUCACUCCAAAGGAAUUAGAGUGGGAGAAUAUGUGAGAGAAAUAGCAUGGACCAGAAUAGAGACCAAGUAUAGACUGUAAUUAUUUCUAUUUAAAAUGGAAUUUAUUAUGAUACAUUUUAAAAUAAAUCUUCCCUUAAGAGGAAAAUUACUUGAGACAAGAUAUGUAGCCUUUUACCCAGUUAGAGGGUAACAGCCACAGAGUUCUCUAGGUCUCUUGUUUGCAAAGCAAAGAUGUCACAUCAGGCAGGAGAUGUCAAAAUCUAAAAUGGUGAUGGAUGUGUGGUGGUAGAUUUUCUGGGUUGUUUUUUCGAUUUGGUUUGGUUUCUUAAUUUAAUUUAACUUUUGCAACCAGUUAUUUUUAUAGGUGCUGAGGACCCUUUUCCUUUUGAGCACAGCUGUUUAACCCUCAGGCCUGGUUCUGGAAACCUCCCCAAAACUGGCCUUGUGUUUCUUUCAUAUUUGAUAUCUUUCGGGUUCACACAUCCACACUACAUGCGGUUCACAGCAACAGAUACUUUGAGAAACCUGCUGGGUUAAGAGAGCCUUUUCCAAACUGACAUUGGCCCAAAGUCUGCCUCAAUUCAGCUGGAUUGGGAUACAUCUGUAUCAAAGAAGUGGUUCACACUUGAUUUGUCCAGAGACCUCGGGGGAGGUGUGUUAAGAUAGGGUAAGUAGGAAUCAACAACAAUAAAGUUAAAGGUAAGGGUGAAAGCCCUUCACCUUGCAGGUCGACAAGCCUGUUCUGUUCAUUCCCUCUGAUGCAUCUGGCACUGGUCACUCUCAGGCAGCACGCUGGGCUAGAUGGACCAUUGGUCUUACCCAGUAUGACCAGUAUUGCGUUCUUAUGUAAGCCAUCUAUGGUCUUGUCUACACUGGUAAGUUUCUGCACAGUAAAGCAGUGUAACUCCCGAGGUGUACACACUGCCAAGCC